AUGAUUUCUGGUCCACCUCGGCUCACCUCACCUGCCACCGCACUACCCUACCCUACCACUACUAUUACCACCACCACUGCCACCAGCACCCACCACUCACCAUCCAGCUGCUUGGACCUUGGUUUGCUCCGAUCCCGUGGCUACCGUUGGGAAUUCAAGCCCGGUGAGUGGUUUGUGUCUCCCACCCUAUAA